UUUUGUCGCCCCCCCCCCCUUCCUCUCCCCCGUUCACUCUUCAGCGGCGCGGCCCGCGAAGCCUUCAACCCCCUCCUCACACAACAACAACAACAACCAAAAACGAUUAAAAACAAACACAACAACAACAAACAACCAGCCGACGCCGAACGAUGUUCGCGUACGUCCGCUUCGUGGAAGACAAGGACUGUCAGAUCGUGGCCGCCUCCAGCAUCGUAGGUUUCGCGCCCUGCUCCGAGGAGGACUUCGAUGCUACGCGCGUGUACGCCGUGGACUCGCAUGGCGUGAAGCAGCAGGUCAACAUCGUCGCGAUGGCCGAGAGCGAGACGCAGCUGGAGGAGGUGGUGAAGCGGAUGCAGAUCCCAGGGAUCCUGGACGGGAGCCCGACCCCCGCCUCGGCCGAAGAGCUCGGCUCCUUGGAGGACGAUGAGGACAGCGACGAGAUCCUCCUCCAGACGCACAGAGAAGGCAAGCGCAAGCGUCACGAGGAAGGCGCGGAGCGAGGCGUCGGCGAGAAGGUCCGCAAGAGCCGCAGCGACAAGCGCCUGCAGCUGCUCUACCCCGUCGGCAUGGAGACGACGGCCGCGAGCGACGACGCAGACGAGGACGUCGGCGGCACGGUGCCGCAGCUGCUGUACAGGGAGUCGGUGCAGAACUACCGGAACACCAAGGUGUCGCUGCAGAAGUCCCUUCUGGAGCUCGAAAUGCUCAAGAAGGAAAACGAGGAGCUGCGCCGCAUGAACAAGAACCUGCAGGAGGCGCUGGUGCGCAAGAUCUUUACAGCCCCAGGAAUUGACUCGACGCGAGUUUACGGCGACAAGGGGAGCUCCGCCAACGCCUCCUCGUCAGGAAACGGUGCCGACGAGGCUGCUCUGCAGGCUGCGGACAACGGCCAGCAGUUGUCUGAAGAAACGAUGAAGCAGUGCAGCGCCGUUCUAAGCAAACAGAACUCGCAGCAGUCAACAGGAACGAGCGGUAUGCAGGGGAGCGGGAAUCCCAUGAUGCAAAACGACAUGCAGUUCCUCAUGGGCAUGAACAACGCCAUGCAGAUCCUCAUGGCAAUGAACAACGGCAUGCCCUUCCCGCCCGGCACUCAGCCCGCUUUUCCAGGUGCAACUGGCGGUUGCCCCACCAUGGCCAUCGGGGGGCGGGGAGUGGGCAGUUUUCGCGGGGAGCGCGGGCGAGGAGGCUACGUCAUAGACAUGUCCAAGAAGCCCAUCUGCAGGCAUUUUGCGCAGAAGGGCGGCUGCCGCUACGGAAACACGUGCGCCUUCUACCACCCCGGCAUGAAUGGACCCCCCCUGCCCUGAAGAUGAUGAAGAUGAAGAGAGUGGUGGGGGGGGUGGAGCGGGUGGUGGCGGCAGAUAUUCCAUCAGUCCGUCUGUCCGUGUAUUCCUCUGGUUACUGUCUCAUUCAGUGAGGAGCGGCGUCUAACGAUACUAUGAUAAUAAUUUUUUUUUAAAUCUCUUAAUCAGGGACCACACCCGAUUAAGUCGAUCACGCAGCUGUAGUUGCGUGAAACUAAAUUUUGUUCAUGCGGAUGUACCCCCAACUGCUGUUGCGUGGCGGUUGUGCAACCGGUGGACGCAAAAACGUUGAUCUUCUCGGUGACGGUCCAUCACUUGCACAAAUUUGCGGACGCGUAAGGGGCCGGCUGUCGCAAUCCUGACGUGGCGGGCAGGGGCGGGUAGAGGGGGGGGGGUUUAGGACGAACCACGGUCCAACGGGACGCGGCGUCCGCGUUGGGGGGGGGGGGGGGGGGCAGCCGCUCGCUCGAUCGGGAUUCGGACAGUGGUUGGACGCAACGGUUGAGAGAGAGAGCGAUCCAGCUGAUCGCAUCGUGGGGGUGGUAGAGCCAUCCCCUUCAGUCGCUCUCAAGCCCACUUGCCCGCUAACUCGCCCGCCCACUCGCAAAACCUUGACUCUCUCCGGAUUGCCCCGCCCGUUUUCGUCCCAGCCCGCGCGACGCCCGCCGCUCCGAUGAUUGUAGAAGCGACGGUGACGAGUUAACGAUUCGUAGUUUGUUUUUUUUAUUUUGUGUGGGAAAGCCCCCCGCACACACCCCGCCUCCCCCUCCCUCCCCCCGCAAUCAGAAAAAAACGCGUCCCCCACGCGACGGGCAAAGGAAGGGGGGGGGAGCAUCGGAUGGCGCCGCCAGCGAAGAUAGAAGUCCACACGCACGCGACUGCUUGUUGCUGUCCGUCGUGAUGCAUUUCUGGGCGUCCCGAUUCGAACUCGCGGCGAUUCCUCGUUCAGCUUGGCAGAUGCGUCCGCGAAAGAGCGCCGAGCGUCUCGAAGCGGGGAAAAUGUUUUCUCCGCAGAGAAACAUCCCAGCCCGGUGAAGUUUGGCGCCAUGCGACCGAAAUAUCGUCACGGUGAAGUUUGGCGAGAUUCGACCGCUCGGCGUUUCCGCGAAAGGCGUUUUCCGCUCGCGCCGACGAGGACGCGCCGCGUGAACCGCCCCGCCCGAGCUCCAAGCGAGCACUUGCCGCCCGUACGUUCGCUCUCGGGUCGCGUUGUGCCGAAGGUGCAGUGGAGCUCGCGACCCGCGCCCCUCCGCCCCCCCCGCCCCUCCGCCCCCACCCCCGCACACCUCGUCGGCGUAACGUCGGCGAUCCGCGCGUUCGCCGAUUGCCGGGGAAGCGUGCUGAACGUUCGGCUCCAGCUGCGCUGACGUUUCGGCUCUUUAAGUUGACUUGGGUUGAAGUGACGUGCCGGUUCACUUCCACGGAGGUGUUUGGAACACGCUUUCGUUUUGUGGGUCUCUGCGGGUCGCGACCAAGCUCGCCGCUGGGCUCCUGUCAAGAAGAGCUUCAGCAGCUCACAGGGUCCGUUGAAGCCGCUGGUUGUAACUUUUAACCUUUACCCACGAGCUCCCCCCUUUUUUUGUUAAUCGGCUGCUGGAUGACAGUCUCUCUCCACACCUAUCACCACGCUUGUCGCCCCCUCCCCUCUCUCUGGACCGGAUAUCCUGCCACCCACAGCUUCUCGGCACGCACUCUUUGACACUUCGUUAGUGCCUGGUGUGGUGCCAGAUCCAUCCAAGCACUGACGAGGCUCAACCCCUUCGCUUAAGCCUCCUGAGAUGCGAUGAGAACCCGAGGGGCGGGCGGGGGUGGGGGGGUGCAUUCGCCUGGGUGAUUAUGUGCGUAGGCAUCGUCACUGAUAUGCCUGCGAGAUGGUGUGGAGUUGAAGUCGGCGUCCCGGCGAAAUGGGAGCUUCGUGCCUCUCCCGUCGGCUUGGUUUUCGGUCUGAAUAAAAAUGUUCUCAUUUUAAUAACGGAUCCGUUUGUGUAAGAGAAUGACUUUGUCGACGUUUCUGGCGUCUUGUCGCUGGGUUUAUUUGGAUGGGAUGUUUAAGAAAAAAAAUAAAAUACCAACUGAUCGAAUUGAUUGGGAGCAAAAAAAAUGGUGUACUUCCACGAAAAGAAAAUCUACGAUGGUAGUAAAAUAAAAAAAUGUACAGCCCUUGUGGCAAUC